AUGGAGAUCAUCAACCCAACCAACAAAGUCGAUGCAACGGCUCUCUACGACGCCGCAAUGAGAGGCGACACCGAAACCCUCCAAGGCCUGCUCCGGAGCGAUACCUUGAUCCUCAAGAAACUCCCGCUCUCUUCCUUCACCGAAACCCCUCUCCACAUCUCGGUCCUCGCCGGCCACCUCGACUUCACUAGAGCGCUUCUCCGCCACGAACCUCGAAUGGCCAGGGAGGUCGACGCGUCCAACUGCACCCCGCUCCACCUGGCCUCCGCUGCCGGCCACGUGGAGCUCGUCAGGGCGUUGUUGGACACUGCAGGCGGUGUGGGCUCGGAUGCCUGCCUGGUUCGCGACGUGGACGGCAGGAUUCCUCUCCACUUGGCGACGAUGAGAGGCAGGAGCGACGUCGUGAGAGAGCUGGUCGGUGCGAGGCCGGAGUCUGUGCUUGUGAAGCUGGACGGUGGAGAGACUGUUUUGCACCUGUGCGUGAAGUGCGGCCAUCUGGAGGCCCUGAAGGUGUUGGUUGAGAUGAUGGUCAGUAGCGGCGGGAAGAAGGAUGUGGUUGAAUCGAUCUUCAGGUCGGGAGAUGAAGGUGGGAACACCGUUUUGCAUGCCGCUGCCAUGUUCAAGCAAGUUCAGGUACGUACUUUUUGUCCCUAA